AUGUGCUCAACCAUAAUUAAUCUUUCUGAGCAUGAACUCGAGACACUGGAUUAUUCAUAUGAAAAUGCAACCGCGAUAAUCCUUGAUAAAAACAACAUUCGUGACAUAAAUACGAUUUCUUUCAUGACAAAUGUUCAGCAGACGUUGCUUCUCCAUUGCAAUCGAAUUGCAACAUUGAAAACGGCAGAAGCCUUUCUCCCUCAGUCUUUGUGUAUCCUGUCAUUGGCUGAGAAUGACAUCCCCAAUUUAACUGAGCUCAUGACAGUCGACUGCUUGCUAAAUGCUCAUCUCAGGUUGUUAGGUGAAUGGAUAGCAGGAUCCGGCGCUGUUCACAGGUGCAGCACUGGAGGUGAAGCUGCUCUCAUUGAAUUCUUGCACAGUUUGGAUUCAGAGUCACCGCAUCAAGUGGGACCAAGAUUCCGCCAACGGAGCGACGUCACACCUUAUGUUGCCUGUUCGAGUGCAUCUGUGUUGAAAUGCGGCCUUACCGCAACGAAUGACAACACCACUCCUCCUAUUUCACGUCGUGAUACACCCCCAAGAUGGUUGCAACGAGCGCGUAGUGCACAAAAUGUUAAUGCGACCGCUGCCGUCGCCGCUUCUAUAUGCCUGGCUGACUCUGCCAACGGCGUUAGGAACGUAAGGCCUUUCCAAUGCCAACCACAAAUUCCUGCAGCCUCCUGCAACGCGAUUCCCACCCUCAUGAAUCCUUGUGUUCCACAUCUUCUUCGUUCCGAAUCAGUCUUCAUUCCAAUCGAUAGUAGGGUGGAAUUUGAAGAGAUGGGGGCUGAAGCGACAGUGGGAUCUCCAAAGAAUGUUGCGCAAACGGUUUCUGUUGACUUGCCUGCUGAUUGGCACUCUCAAAGCGCUUAUGGGCCAAUACGAAGUGAGAACAUACCUGUGUUGACCGACACACAGAAGACACAUUACUCGCCACACUUUUUGAGGAGUUUGACAGCACUUUCCCAAAAAUUGGAGUCUGUUUCCAGUUCCAUUGGAGAGACAAAAGAAGUAGAUCCCAAAGCCAGGAAAUCUUCGUCGGUGCCUGACGUGGAGAACAAUCGACACAGUGACGCUUCUCCGGUUCAUCGACUGCAGUUUUCGUGUGGUGUCCUAUCCUCCUUUCUUCAAAAUCGACCUCACACCGAUGACGGACCUGCUAUCAACGUGAUAUCAGAAAAGGCUGAACAUCACUCCAAUGAUGAAGCUACUGACAAUUGCAGUCCUCUGUCAGAACACACUUUUGUUGUUGACCCACCGUCAGAGGCACCUAAGUUGCCUGAAGGUCUGGAAGCAAAGGUUCUGGCGUUGCGACGUCAAUUAGAGGAUCUUCGAGUACUCUCAGCCAAGCAAGAGCGUGAACGUCUUCGGCAAGCUAAUGAUAUUCGACGUCUUGCUGAGGAAGUGCGCAGCUUGAAGGUGUGGAAAGCCUCCGUCCUGCAGCACCGGGACGUCAAUCAUCCCGCUGCAGGUGACUGCAAACACCAUGCGUUCCAAUCGGUGACGGAUCCUAAUCUGGCCUCUCAGAGGGUCUGGAGCGUGCACACUUCCACUGUCUCACCUUCACUCUCCACGUUGGUAGCCAUUAACACCUCGUCUCCCACUAACGCUACGGAGAACUUUGGCGUGGCUACUGUGUAUGACGUGGAAGGGGAGGAGGGUGAAGGCGACGAGGAGGUUGAAGAGAGCCCUGUCGAUGAUUUGGAUAAUGAUGUUGUUGAGGUUGACGACUUUCCAGGACCGAGGGCUUCAUCUUCCGACAUUAAUGGCACCCUUUUAACAGCCAACAUCUCUACCGAUAGUCUUGACACGCGUCGUUCACGUCUCUCUACCCCAAUGAGUUUUGACACCUCGCCCAUUCGCUUGAGGAAUGUAGAAGAUCGUCAACUUGCCUCUGAGUCCGUCCUUCUUCCAACUGAUGCUAUUUAA